UCGUACAGAAACAUCGAUCAGACAUCAGAGAUUUACAUAUCACCUCGUGAUCAUCAUACAGCUACGCCAAAAAGGGUGGGUGAAAUUUGACAGAGAAAGAGAGAGAGAGAGAAUGAAGGGAAGCACAAGCACAGUUCAAGCUGGGGAAGUUUCAAAGGGAAAAGCAUCAACAAAAAUGAUGAAUCGAGGGCUGUCAGUGAUGGACUUGAUUCUCAGAAUCGCUGCAAUCACUGCAACAUUUGGUAGUGCCGUGGCUAUGGCUACUUCUCACCAGAGGCUUCCCUUUGUCACUCAGUUCCUUCACUUCAGGGCCAAGUUUAACGAUCUUCCCACCUUCGUGUUUUUUGUUCUUGGAAACUCUAUUGUGUGUGGCUAUCUUGUUCUUUCUAUUGUCUUCUCUAUCUUCCACAUAGCCAGACCCACUGCUGUUAAGAGCAGGAUUCUCUUGCUCUUCCUCGACGCGGUGGCCAUGGGGUUUCUAACGUCAGCAGCCGCAGCUGCGGCGGCGAUCGUGGAGACGGCACACCACGGAAAUCCGAGCACGAAUUGGUUCCCAAUCUGCCAACAAUACAACAGCUUCUGCCAGCGCAUUUCUGGGACGCUUAUCGGCUCUUUCAUUGCUGUGAUUGUAUUGAUCAUUCUCAUCCUCAUUUCUGCUGUUUCCAUCUCCCGAAUUCAUGCCUGAAACUUUGACGACGUCGACGACGACGAGGAGAACUGUGUGAUAAUUUGUUAACUAAUUUCCAUCGUGUGUGUGCUUUGGUUGGACUUUGAGGCUCCAAUAUAUUGUUUAUUAUAUGGGUUUUCUGCUUUUUCAUUUCAUAGAAAACACUAUCAUUGGGAUUGUUUGCAUAUGGCUGAAGUGUAUUUUUAUUCCUCUAAUUUUAUACGAGUUUUUAUUUUGAUUCCUUAAA